AUGUCUACUGCAUUUGCGUCUACAUUGGGAUUAGAGGUGGCACGGUUAGCGUCUCCGCUCAAAGUAGAGUCACCAGUUGGGGGUACAGUUGACUUAGACCGGGGGUGUUGUGGUUGUGAGAUAGAGGUUGCUGAGCGUCGACUCCUGUUUGCUUUUGUGUUGCUAGACAUGUGGAGUUUUGACGUCAUUGUAGGCAUGGAUUGGUUGUCUUUGUACCAGGCAGUGGUUGAUUGUUUUUGUCAGAGAAAUGAACUUAGUGGCCUUCUUGCUACUCUCUUGGAUAGUGAGGAUGGCAGGACUUGUGUUGAGUUACCAAGGGUGGUUUGCGAAUACCCGUACGUAUUUUUCGAGGAUCUUACCAGUCUGUCACCCCACCGGGAGAUCGAGUUCACCAUUGACCUAGUCCCUAGAACGACACCAAUUUCCAUUAUGCCGUAUAGAUUUGCUCCUGUGGAGUUGCAUCAGUUAAAGAUUCAACUCCAAGAACUUUUAGAGAAGGGUUUCAUUCGCCAUAUUCCUUCUGGUGGUGAUGGUACUAUUGCAGUGACCUCAUAUGGUGGCGGUGGUGGUGCGGCUGCUGCUCCAGCAACAACUAAGCCCAAGAAAGAGGAAAAGGUGGAAGAGAAAGAGGAGUUAGAUGAUGUAAGUUUUUAUCCACUUAAUCACAUUGUUGCUGGAAUUCUGAUAUUUGUGACAUCUCAUUUCGCCCAGCUGUAG